AUGAAAACAAAUAUCUUUUCAUGCGUGAUAUCCUUUUUUAUUUUGUUGCUUUUUUGUAAAGCUUACAAUACUUCGUCCUUACUAGAAACCAUAAAACAUGAUCUUCAAAUUGUAAAUAAUUCCAACUUUAAUACAGUAGUAAAUAAGUUUAGGAAUGAAAAAGUGUUUGCAGUUUUAUUUUUUAAAAAGUCUAACAAGAAUAUAAAAAAUAUAAUAAAAAAUUAUAAUGAUGUAGCAUCGAAAUUUAAAGGAAUAUUAACAUUAUGUGUUGUCGAUUGUGAUGAAAAUUCAACGUUAUGUGAGAAUGAAUUAUCAUUAUAUGUACCAGAUUAUAAGACCAGUAAUACACAUCACUUCUUAAUCUAUCCUAUAAAUCCAAUGCCAAAAUUUGUAUUUAAGGAUGAAAUAACAGAAAGUAAUAUUAAAAAAUAUACAUAUUUAAUUCCUUCAAAAAUUGAUAUUAUUAAAGAUACACAAUCAUUUAAUGUAUUCUUAUCAAAACAUGAAAAUAUGCCAAAAGUACUUAUAUUUAGUAAUAAAAAAAAACCCAACUAUGUACUUAAUGCACUAAGUAAUAGUUUUAAUAAAAAAUUAAUGUUUGCAUAUAUUAAUAAUGAAAAUGAAGAAUUAGUUACUAAAUAUAAUGUAAAAAACCUACCAACCAUAUUAUUACUCAAAAAAAAUAAAGUUGUUGAUACAUAUAAAGGAAAACAAAAUUAUAUUAACAUAUUUGACUGGCUUAAUGUAUACUCUGAAACAUUUGUCCUAGGAGGUGGUUUCGAUAUAUCUCCAGAUAAAACUAACGAAAAACCAUGGAAAUUUGAACUAAUUCCAAAAUUUACAAAAUUAUCCCAUGGAGAUAUAUGUUUUAAAAAAGCUGACAAGGGAUUGUGUUUAAUUUAUUUAAAAGAAGGAGAAAAGUUAGAAAAAAGUGAAAUAGACAUGUUACUCUCCUUAAAGGAAAAAUUCAAACCACACAUAGACGGACG